UAAGUCCCAUCCUGCCAUCUUGUGGCGAAAAGAUAAUAUGUCAAUCAUAACAAGCAAUAAGAACAUUAUUUCAACAUCAACUGAGGACACAUUUAUGAAUACAAAACAUUUCCUCCAAAUUUCUCUCAACAGCUUUGCUCCAGUGAAAAUGGCUGGGAGUUAAUGAGUUAAAUAGUACUCGUAAAACGCCAGUGUCAAAGUCGACAGUGAAGAGACGACUCCGGGAUUCUGGCUUUCAAGACAAAGUUGCAGGGAAAAAAAAAAAAAAAAAAGCCAUAUCUGAGACAGGCUAAUAAAAGGAAACUAUUAAUAUGGGCAAAAGAACACAUACAUUGAACAGAGGAAGAUUGGGCAAAUGUGUUAUGGACAGACGUAUCAUAGUUUGAGAGGUUUGGACUUUGGAUCAAAGAGAAGAACAUUUGUUAGAUGCAUAACAACUGAAAAGAUGCUGGAAGAGUGCCUGAUGUCAUCUUUCAACCAUGGUGAAGUCCACAGGAGUCUUUGUCGAUUUUGGGAUGGCGUCAGACACGGCACCCCAAAACCAUGGCUCCAAGGGGAUUAUGACCUUUUACCCUACUGCUGAAGAGUUCAAAAAUUUCAGCCGUUAUGUCGCCUACAUGGAGUCGCAGGGGGCACACAAAGCAGGACUGGCUAAAGUGGUCCCACCAAAGGAAUGGAAGCCCAGACAGUCAUAUGACGAUAUAGAUGAUUUGGUUAUUCCUGCACCCAUUCAGCAAGUGGUGACGGGCCAGUCAGGUCUUUUUACUCAGUACAACAUUCAGAAAAAAUCCAUGUCUGUUAAAGAGUUCCGCAAGAUUGCAAACAGUGACAAGUUCUGUAGCCCUCAUUAUGAUGAUUUUGAUGAACUGGAAAGGAAGUAUUGGAAAAAUGUGACCUUUAAUCCUCCUAUAUAUGGGGCUGAUGUCGGCGGCAGUCUAUACAAUCCGGAAGUCAAAGAAUGGAACAUUUGUCAUCUAAACACAAUUUUGGACACUGUGGAAUCAGACAGCGGUAUCACCAUUGAGGGUGUUAAUACACCCUACUUAUAUUUUGGCAUGUGGAAGACCACCUUUGCAUGGCAUACUGAGGACAUGGACCUCUACAGUAUCAAUUACUUGCACUUCGGAGAGCCCAAAUCCUGGUACUGUGUCCCACCAGAGCACGGGAGAAGAUUUGAGCGUCUGGCUCAAGGUUUCUUCUCCGGUAGUGCUCAAACUUGUGAAGCCUUUUUGCGGCACAAAAUGACGCUGAUAUCACCUUCUAUACUGAAGAAAUACGGGAUUCCGUUUGAAAAGAUUACCCAAUAUGCUGGAGAGUUUAUGGUUACUUUUCCCUAUGCUUAUCAUGCCGGUUUCAACCAUGGAUUCAACUGUGCUGAAUCCACCAACUUUGCCACACAACGGUGGAUCGAGUAUGGCAAACAAGCAGUUUUGUGUUCGUGCCGCAAGGACAUGGUCAAAAUCUCCAUGGAUGUGUUUGUCAAGAAAUUCCAACCAGAACGUUAUGAACAGUGGUUGGCAGGGCGAGAUACAGUGCCCAUCGACCACUCCCGGCCUACGCCAGAGGCCAAAGAGUUCCUAGGCGAUUCCUUUGAUAUGGUCCACAAUAAUAGCAGUUGUUUGUUGGAUUGCGGUGCAGAUGAUAUUGAGCGGAAGAGUCCUCUUCAUCGAAUUGAGACCAAGAGACACCGGGUUUGUCUGGAAUUACCCGAAGAGGUUGUUCCCAAAGACUCUGAUGACGAAAUGAUGCUGUAUGCUAAGCGUCCGAGAUUAAAUCUUUUACCACCACGUAUGACACCACAAGAUGGGAAGCGGAAUAAAGGUCCCCCAAAGUUGGUCGUCACACCGACAAAGCUCACUUUGGUGGAUCCGUUUCACAGGGGUGUAAACAGCAGUGAAUCAGGGCACACUCCUCACUACACCAAGACUCGUCCACCUGCGUUUUCAUCCCAAAACGGUCAUUUGACGGUGACGCCAACGUGGACGCAGUCCCGUAAAAUGGGGGUGGCCAGCUUGCUUUUCCAUCGGACUCUCACUCAAAAAGAUAUCCUGCAAGUGCAGAAUUACCCUCGGGAAAAACAGCAGAUUCAUAAGAUGCUGCAGGUUCACAGCUACGCCAGAGAACAACAGCCCCAGCCUGUAUUGUCACCUGAUGGGGGAAGCAGAGAAUUUCUGCCUGAGUCUCGAAUAUCUCCCAUUCAAGUGGUGCCUGGUCCGACUGAACAUUCUGUGGAGAAGGACCACAUGCCAAGUGUUUCGACACCUGUCUAUGUUGUUCUGGAUGCAGCAGUGAAGGCCGACGCUGAUCCCACCUGCAUUCCACAGUCCACCCAGAUCAACAACUGGGACAUACCUAAAAACCAAAACAAAAAAAAGGUGUCAGAAGACCAGUCCUACUGUAUGUCAGUGGUCACCAAGCAGCAACAGCAGCAGCAGCAGCAACAAGAGCAGCUCAGAAAGCUUCCACGUCACCACCCUCUCUUCAGGGAGCUUUACAGUGAUGAAGAGAUUUAUCAAGAUGUGGCGAUGGACCACGAGGAGAAAGAGGAAUGGGCAAAGCCGUUAACGAAGCUGUGGCAGUGUCGGCCUGCAAACCACCAGGUGGAGUGGGAGUACAAUAAAAGAAUGGGUGAACAGGCUCCUUACUGCUCCAUCUGCCUACUUUUCUACACCCACCAUCUGUCCGAGGCCGGCGGCGACAGGAAUUCCAGCGUGACGUUGGUAAACCGCCAAGGUCACCAGUGGUCCAAACCCCUCAUUCCUGAAAUGUGUUUCAACACGCACACCAACAAGGCCAGUGAUAGCGGGGAAGGCCAGCUGUCCAACCCUCACAUCACAGAGGACGGCACCAGCCGGCUGGUCAGCUGUUCUCGGUGCUGCGUUCGCGUGCACACCAGUUGCUACGGUGUAACCAGAGAGGAAGCUGAGCAAGAUGAUUGGCUAUGUGCUCGCUGCAAAGCUGAUGCUACUUAUGAGGAUUGCUGUCUGUGUUCUCUCCGUGGUGGAGCUCUGCAGAGAGCCAACAAUGACAAGUGGGUUCAUGUGCUGUGCGCCAUCACUGUGCUCGAAGCUCGCUUUGUCAACAUCACGGAGCGGGGUCCCAUCGAUCUGUCUUCAAUCCCACUGCCUCGAUUCAGACUGAAAUGCGUUUUCUGCAGGAAGCGGAUGAAGAGGGAGUUUACAGGCUGCUGCGUGCAGUGCUCCCACGGACGCUGCUCCACGGCUUUUCACCCCAUGUGCGCUCAGGCUGCCGGCGUCCUCAUGCACCCGGACGACUGGCCGUUCGUUGUCUUCAUCACCUGUCCCCGUCACAAAACACCUACCGUCAUUGAGCGUAACAAGGACUCCAUGAGAGAGCUUGCAGUGGGACAGAGGGUGAUUUGUAAAUACCGAAAUGGCCGUUACUACCACAGCGAGGUGGUGGGACUGACCACCGCCACCUUCUACGAAGUGGUGUUCGACGACGGUUCGUACAGUGACAACCUCUUCCCAGAGGACAUCGAGAACCGGGACUGCGCUCGACUUGGACCGCCUGCAGAGGGCGCCACCGUGUCGGUCCGGUGGACUGAUGGCUUGCUGUAUGGGGCUAAGUUUGUGGCGUCUCACUCCAUUCCGAUGUACCUGGUGGAAUUUGAAGAUGAAUCCCAAAUUUCAGUCAAGCGUGAGGACGUGUACACCUUAGACGAAGAUCUGCCUAAACGGGUCAAGUCUCGACUGUCUGUGGCGUCAGACAUGCGCUUCGAACUCUUCGCGCAGGAAGACGUCAAACAGAACUCCAAACGACAACGCGUCAUCAACUCUCGUUACAGAGAAGACUACAUCGAGCCCGUCAUUUAUCGGGCCAUCAUGGAGUGACGAGGGUUUGUCCUACCUUGCUUCCGAGGCCUGCCCUGGCUUCAUAUUUAUCAAGUACGGCUGGGACUUUCAAUGACUUUGAUGUGCUUUGAAUAACGCUCUUUUCAUAUGAUGAUCUGUAGAUUUCUUUAUGCUUAAUUUAUUUUGGAGGGUAGUGGAAGAAGCCAUCAGCCAAUAAUCAAGUAGGCCGAACUACUUAUUGAGGCAACAUUUUUUUUCCCCCCUUCAUUUAUGUGCACCUCAGAAGCCAUUUUGUCACUUAGUAUUUUUCCAAAACACUCAAGUAACUCUUUUGACCCGUUACAUUGCAUUUACCCAAAGAUAUGAAACAUAACACAUUGCCUGAAAUGUUCAUCCCAUCCCACUAAUCUUCAUCACAAUUUGUUCAGCAUUUCAACCGUCUGCUGUGAAAACUCAGAAUCGAGCCUUAUUUCCCCAGCUAAAGUUUGCGGAUUAUUUUGACAUAAGAACUGAAUUGCAAGCCCGAUUUACGUUUGAGGAAAGAAACUAUUUUUGUCCUUUUUCGCAAAUCUGUAGAAAACCUCAGAUGUAUUUAUAUUUAUUAUGAUGAUAGCAGGUUUUCAGGCACACUGUUGAUAGUUUUCUGCUUAUUUUUAGAGGGUGUCCAUGGAAUCACAUACUCUCACUGAGCUUCUUUUUUUGUCUGGUGACUGCUAGCUCUAGAAAUCAACUAAGAUUCAAAUAAGAAAGUAGAAGUUCAUUUCCUAAUGAACUACACGGUGAGUCUUAAAAUAAGGUACCCUCAUGUCUGUCUUUGUAAACUCUCCACUGUUUGAGUAAAAGUUGGGAUAAGAAAACCAAAUCGUUUGUAUGUGAGUGAUUCUCAUGAAAUGUUGUAUUCGAUAUAGAAGCAGGUUGAACCAACAGUUGUACUUUGACCUCUAUUGUUAUUAGUGCUGUAAAAGUGGUGAAAUACAAGGGAAAGCGCACAUAGCUCUUUGAUUGCUGCCGCGGCGGGAUGUGUUUUAUCUAGUAAGCACCUAAAGUCGUGAAAAAAUUAGGACACCCAAUUAAAUAUUCAGUUCUUUAUUAACUCA